AUGCGCCUCCCCCAGUCCAAACUGGCAUUUGGGGGCUUUGGCCAGGAGCCCGGCCUUGAGGAGGUCUUGCGAUACACUGCUCACAUGUUCCAGAUGCUGUUCCCCAUUUGUCCAGGAAUCCCCCCUCCCCACCUGGUGAUGUCAUUACCCCUCGAAGAGCCCCCCGAUGGCGGCUGGGGCUGGCUGAUAGUCCUGUCUGGCUUCCUGGCCAAUUCCCUCACCUACGGGGUCUUGCGGUCCCUCGGCAUCCUCUUCGAAGACCUCGUGGAAGCCUUUGACGCGAGUGCUGCCCAGAUUUCCUGGGUAACGGCCAUUGCCCUGGCGACGGAGCAGUUUGCCAGUCCCAUUGGCACGGCUGCCAGCAUGCGCUAUGGAGCCCAGCCGGUGGUGGUGGCUGGCGGCUUGCUGUCCUCUCUGGGCAUUCUGUGGGCCUCCUUUAGCACCAGCUUGCUGCAGUUAUACCUCACCUUGGGGCUUCUGACAGGUUUUGGCUGGGCCUUGGCCUUUGCCCCGGUGAUGGGCACCCUCGCCCGCUAUUUCUCCUCCAGGCGCUCCGUGGCCAUGGGCCUUGCCCUGACGGGCAACGGGCUUUCCUCCUUCGCCCUUUCCCCACUCCUGCGGCUCUUGGCGGAGUCCCUCGCCUGGCGCGGGGCCUUGCUGGUGACCUCCGCUUUGUCCCUGCACCUGGUGGUCUGCGGGGCCCUCCUCCGGCCCCUGGUCUUGCAGGGGGACCGGCUGGAAUCGGGAUCCUUGUUUGACUGGGCUCUUUUUACCCAGCGAGGGUUUGGGGCCUUUUCUUUCGGGACUGCCCUGCUGGCGGCCGGGUACUUCACCCCUUACGUGCACCUGGAGCCUUUUGGGCGGGCACUGGGCCUAGACCCCUACAAAGCUGCCACGCUGGUGUCCGUCGCGGCUCUGUCUGAUGCCCUGGCCCGCCUGCUGGCCGGUUGCUUUGCUGACCGUCGCCUCAUCGUGCCGGCCCGUCUGCUGGUACUGCUGAACUCCCUCACUGGCUGCAGCCUCCUCCUCCUCCCGCUUGCCUCCUCCUACGUAGACGCCCUCAUCCUGGCACUGCUGUACGGCGUCAGCGCAGGGAGUUUUGCCACAGUGGCCUUUGGAGUCUUGCCAGAGAUUGUUGGUGUCACCCGUGUCAUGAACGCCACUGGACUGUGCCUGAUGGUGAUGAGUGUUGGGGGGUUGCUGGGACCCCCCCUGUCCGGCUUCCUGCGAGACGUAACGGGCGCCUUCACGGUCUCGUUCCUGGCGGGCGGAACCUUUGUCCUCUCGGCCAGCCUCGUCUUCCUGGGCCUCCCGUCGUUCUUUGCCGGCUGCAGGGCCUGUGGGGGUGAUGGGGCCCCUCCCAGGGCCCAAGGCGCACCCCACGCCCUGCUGGCACCUCCUUCGGCAUCGGUUCCUCUCACCAGCCAAUGCCCUGAGAUAUGA